UUAUUAUCAUAUUUUAGUUUUUUUCCUCCAGAUCAAAUAAUACAACCCUAUUUUCGACAAUCUUUCCUGAUGACCAUUGACCAAUAAAAAAAUUAUUGCAUUGGGUGGGAGUCUGGUAUAUAUACACAUUAGCAUUAGCUAUUCAUCUUAAUUAAAGGUCAUCAACUAACCUAAAAAGGAGUUUACCCUACAACAUAAAUUUAUAUCCCCUACAAUCUCAACCUAAGUUUUCCAGCUUUAAUUCCCAUCUAAUUUCCACAAUUCCGUGUGCUUUGCGUCUUUGCAACAUCCACAGUUCUUUUUAUAAAUACCCACGUGCCUUUUUACCUUCAAUUCAUACAACAACUUGCUACAUUCUUUUAAUUAUAUUAUAUUAUAUUAUAAAUUUAUACAAGUAUAAGAUUUUCAUGUUGAUAAUCUCUCUAGAAUAUAAGCACCAAAAAUCACAAACAUAUUAGACCCAAAACCAUCCUAAAAAACCAUAUAGUAUAUAUCAAAAUAAUAUAAUUUCUUUACAAUAUGGUUUAUGAUGAGCCAAAAAAGAAAAUGAUCAUAUUAGUACCAUAUCCAGCACAAGGGCAUGUAACGCCCAUGCUAAAACUAGCCUCAUCCUUGUCAACCUUUGGGUUUCGACCAUUGGUGGUGUUGCCGGAGUUCAUACACCGGUUGAUUUUCAACAAAGUCAACGCCGCCACCAAGGGUGGGAUCGUGUGUGUAUCGAUCCCAGACGGGUUGGAUGAUGAGAGUAAGUCACGCGAUUUCUUUAAUAUUGAGAAAGCAAUGGAGGAUCACAUGCCGCCUUAUAUGGAGCGACUAAUUCGUAAGACUAAUAAUAAUGGUGGUGAAAAUAUAGCAUGCAUGGUUGUUGAUCUACUAGCUUCUUGGGCUUUUGAUGUUGGGACUAAAUGUGGUGUUGCUGUUGCUGGGUUUUGGCCUGCGAUGUUGGCUACUUAUUCUUUGAUAUCCUCCAUUCCUGAGUUAGUUCAAAGAGGUCUCAUCUCUGAGUAUGGGCUCCCACAAUUUCAUGGACCAAUAUCAUUUCAACAUGAUCAACCACUUCUUAAGAGUGAAGAUUUGCCAUGGUUAAUCGGAACUCAAGCUGCUAAAAAGGCAAGAUUUAAGUUUUGGGCCAAAACCAUGGACCGGUCCAGAUCUCUCAGGUGGAUCCUUGUCAACUCCUUUCCAAACGAGUCACAAAAAGUAUGGGCGAAAAAUCCGGAGUACAGCCCAACUACUUAUUCAAUCGGCCCAUUAGGAAGUAAUGGACUGAGUGAAAGCCUAACUUUUUGGGAAGCAGAUGGAAGCUGUUUGGGCUGGCUUGAGCAACAAGAGCCCAACUCAGUGAUAUACAUAUCAUUUGGAAGUUGGGUUAGCCCAAUUGGCGAAGCAAAGGUGAGAAAUUUGGCAUUAGCAUUGGAAGAGUUAAAAAGCCCAAUUGUUUGGGUUCUUGGGCCUGAAUGGAGAGAUGGGCUGCCCAAAGGGUACAUAGAAAGAUUAGGUAAACAAGGGAAGAUAGUUGCAUGGGCACCACAACUUGAAGUACUGCAACAUAAGGCAGUUGGGUGUUACCUCACACAUUGUGGAUGGAAUUCUACUAUGGAAGCUAUACAAGGUAAGAAAUGCCUCUUGUGUUUUCCGGUAGCCGGCGAUCAAUCUUUGAAUUGUGAAUACAUCGUUAAUGUGUGGAAAAUCGGGGUAAAGAUGAAUGGGUUUAGUGUAAAGGAUGUUAGUGAUGGCGUCAAAAGGGUGAUGGAGGAUCGAGAGAUGAAGAAGAGAAUCGAGGCUUUGAACAUGAGGGUCAUGGGGGAGAAGGCAAGCUUGGAAGUUAAAGAUAAUUUGUUUGGUUUCAUGAAUGAUCUUAAAAGACCGAUCAAUGCAUUGCAAUUUAAUUUAUGACAAAUUAUACUGUAAGGAAAGCUUGUGAAGUUUGUGAACUAUUACCUUUCACUUGUUAAUUUUGUUAAUAACUAUCUUUAAAUUUUUAUUAGUUUUUCUUUAAACAACUAC